AUGGCUUCUGCAUCUACUAUGUCAAAUGAAAACUCAAGUUCUUGUGACAGUGAAAGUGGGAGUGAUACUGAAAGUGAUAGCUUUGAUGACAGUGAGACCACAGAGAGCUUGUCCUCAUUUGAUCAGUCGGAAGAAGAAGACCAUCUAAGCUUAGAAGACGUAAUAGAAGAGCCAGCUUCUGGGCAAUUCCCAUGUGAGUUUGAAAUCAGUGAAGAGAAGCCUUCAAAAUUUGAAGCUACAGAUGUUAGUAGCUGUGAUUUAGAAAGAUCAGGAUUAACCGAAUGUAAAGGAAUUCUGAGGAAGCUCUCAUUGUCGAUUUGGGAAACUCUGUCAAAAUCUAAAAUGAUAAGCUUACUUAAAGACUUUGUUGAGUCUGAAUUUUUUUUGAUUGAUGGAGAUUCAUUAUUCAUCACAUGUGUUUUUAAUGUGAACUUGAAACAAGGACAAAGUCUUCACUUCUUCUAUAUUGUGGAAAAAUUUCUGCAUGAUUUCAUUCACAAGGAAGCCAAAUUUGUAAUAGUUUUUUUUAAGGAUGCAGAAAAUAUGUAUCUUAAUUACCCAGACCUUCUGGCCCUUCGUACCACAUUGAUUCAGCAUUAAGAACACAAUACUGACGUCACUAUUCACACAGAAUUUUCCAAUUGUCUGUCUCCAGAAUGGGAGCUAUUUCUUGAAGAAUGUUAUCCACAUUUCCUAAUUGUUUCAGAAAUGGGAAUAACACCUUGUCAAACAGACGUUUUAAACAUUUUUAUCAUUCAUUCUCUUAAGAAUAAAAUCCAUAUUGUGUUGCCUCAGGGAAUAGAGUCAGAUGUCCUUAGAAUUUAUGGGGACUGUGCCUCAAGCUGCCAUUCACACAGACGGUUUUUUGAAAUGCAUGAAAAACAACUGCGACACGCCUUACAUGCCUACAUAAUAGACUACUGCCAAAAGUCACAAGAAACAGGAAUAUUUCUGUAUGGUCAUUUGAAACUAAACUUGGGAGACAUGCAGAAAGAGAUACAUCAAACCUUGUCCUUGCUUCAGAAUCUGUGGCCAGAAGGAGCUGAUAUUAGAAGUGUUCUCUGCUCCGUUUCAUGCUCUGUGGCACUAAUACUCUAUAAAAAAAUGUUACAUGAGGCACAAGACUGUGAAAACCAAAACACAUGCACAGAAAAUCAUAACCCACAGGACUUGAAGAAACCACCAACAUUAAAUGAAGCAGCAGAUCUUUGCAGAAUGCUCUGCCUUAGUGUGAUUUUCCUUCAACAUUUACCUCUGUUUCAAAGAGCUAAGAGUAGAAUCAUCACUUAUAUUUGGGACAGAACACUUGCACCAUUUCUACUAAUGCUAAAGAGAUGUGAAUUUUUCAUCCUAAAACAAUUAAAGUCUGGAAAUAAUUGGAAUGUGAAUUUUGCUGGCCUGCCUGACUUAACUGAUAAUACUUUGUGGAAAAAUAUUGCCUAUUAUUAUGAAAUUGAAUAUAGUAGAGGGCUAAACUUGGGAUUGGGUGACACUUUGAUACAAGAAUAUCUGAAGUUGUGGAACACAGUCUUAACAUUAUCAGGGGAUGGUGGUUUUGGUGGAUCCAUGCCCUUGAGGACAACGUCCAGACCAUUUCUCACACAGAGGGAAACAUCGCCUGGAGGAUCAAAUCAAGAAAUUCAUAAAUCAGGACUCAUUCCUCUGAAAGCUGAGAUUAUAGAAGAUUAUGCUGGAGAUAUUAUGUCAAAACUACAUUUUCUAAGCAGUGAUGACCCAGCUGUUCUAUCUCUUCCUAAAAAGAGAGAAUUUGAUGAACUCACACACUGGCAUUCUUCUAGACCUCUCAGUGAUGAUUUUGAAAGGACUCCGUGCAACAGUGAUGCUAAAUCCAAAGAUGCCAAAGGAAGACGAGAAAUACAGAAAUUACAUCAUUUUUAUCACGUCUUUGGAAAAUCUUUGUUAGAAAGUAACAGAUCAGUAAGGAUUAUAAGAGAAAGAGCUCUGCCACCUCUAGAGAAUUCUUCUGGGCAAAAGAAAAGAAAACACCAGAAGACAAAUGCAGAAAAAUUUAUUGAAGAAAAUCAAAAGAGACAGCUAGCGAAGCUAGAGAAAAGAGAGGAAGAACGAUGGAAUAACUUGUCCCUGCAUAUUGAAAAGGAAAUUAAAGAAAAUCCUAAAUCUGGAAUAAAAAGACUAGACAACUUUCUUCAAAUAUGCUAUGUUAAAUCUGUAAAAUUUACUGCAGAAAUGGCAGGAAUGGAUGCCUGUUUCAAAUUAUGGGUGGAAAACUGUUUAAAAACAGAAGCAGAAUCCAGAGAUAUAAGCAUAAUAAUUAACUUGAUGAAAAGGAUUCACAGAAUCCAUGAAAAAUAUUCAGAACUCUUACAAAAUACACAUCGACGAAAAUUAGCCAGAUAUCUAAGAUAUAUUGGAUUUGACAACUUGGCACACUCAGUAUGUCCUCAGGUGGAGAAAUCAGGUACUGAGAAGGAUAUUUCUAAAUAUUCAGUUCAGAUGGGAGCAGCUCGGUUUCAGUUAACAUACAUGGGACCUUACUUAUUUCAAGAAGAAAGAAGUGAUCCAGAUCCCAGGGUGCAUCAUUUUAUACCAGACACAUGGCAGAGAGAACUUCUUGAUGUUGUAGAUAAAAAUGAAUCUGCUGUGAUUGUUGCUCCCACCUCAUCAGGGAAAACCUAUGCGUCUUACUACUGCAUGGAGAAAAUUCUGAGAGAGGGCAAUGAGGGAGUGGUUGUAUAUGUUGCUCCAACAAAGGUAUUGCCUCUUGUUAAUCAAGUGGUGGGAGUUGUCUGGGAUUUAUUUACCAAAGCACUGCCAGAAGGAUUAGUGGUGUGUGGAGUUUUUACAAGAGAUUACCGUCAUGAUGCCUUGAAUUGUCAGAUAUUGGUGACAGUGCCUCAGUGUUUGGAAAUCCUCUUGCUAUCACCUCAUAAUGAAAAAUGGGUGAAAAGAAUGAGAUAUGUCAUAUUUGAUGAGGUUCACUGUCUUGGGGGAGAAAUUGGAGCAGAAGUUUGGGAACAUCUACUCGUUAUGAUUCGGUGUUCCUUUCUGGCACUUUCUGCUACUAUCAGUAAUCCUGAACAUCUCACUGAGUGGUUGGUGUUAAUUAAAAGAUAUUGGCAACAUGUUGAGAGUACAUCGGAAAAUUCUGGUUCAUCACAAAAUGCCUUGAAAGCUUCGAAGAAAGAACAAAGAAAGAGAAUAGAAAAGCCACACUACAUUAUGAUCUUAAUGAUCAUUUCAUUCCUGUAUUUCACAGUGUGGUACAAAGAGCGAUACAAUGAUCUGGAAAAGUAUGUGUGUUCCCUAAAGGGUAAUGACUUUCUCAUUGAACACUAUCGCCCAUGUGCUGCACUUACAGCCAAUCAUAUAGAGAAAUAUGGAAUCCCUUCAGACCUUGGAUUUUCUCCUCGGGAAAGCAUACUGCUUUAUGAUGCUAUGGUACAUGUUUGGCCAGAAUGGCCAAGAAUGCAGGAGUUAGAACCUGAAGAAUUCAGCUGCUUCAAAAAUAAAGUAGUCAUCACGAGGGGAGAUGCCAAGAAAUAUGAAGAAGAACUGAAAAAGGAAAUGAUUCAUUGGAUUCAGCUGGACCGAAGCAAGGUAAAUCAGUUACUGAAGUACCUUAAGCCUCAAACUUUUGACAGUUCAGAGAAUGAAAAGCGAAGAAUGUUUCCCUGCUUUGUGGAAAAACUUAAAGAAAUGGAUAGGCUGCCUGCAAUAUUUUUUUCAUACAACAUUCACUCAGUGGAAUCAUCAGCUUCACAACUUCUUACUAAUUUGAUAAUAAAGCAAAAUACUCACAAUAAUCCAAAUUCUGAGAGAGAGAAGAAAACUUUGAACAAGAAACUAUGGAAAGCAAUGAGGUCUCAAAAGAGAAACUAUACUGCUUUUUUAAAUUCAGAUUCAAGUUCUAGAAUUCAAAGAAUUAUUCUAUGGGAGGCUGAAAUAAAGGAAAUAAAGAAAAACCUUAAGAAACAUGAGGAAGUUUCUCCAGACUGUACUUAUACCGAUCAUACAGUUGUGGAUAAUCAGGUUCUUACAGCUAACAGUAGAUGCAAGGAUACCAACAAUCUACGCCAAAAGACAUUUUCUGAGGAUGUGAUGGAAACCUUAGUGGUGGUGUUAGCCAAUCUUUUCGGAAGACGGCAUUUUUCUCCUUGUGUGAAGAACUUUAAAAAGAAAUUUUCUCGUUCCACGGUAAUUCUAGAUGAUCUUCCCAAGGACUUUGCUGCAGUAGUAGUAGAGGAACACAAUGACAGAAUUCAAAAGAAUUUUGGUUCCUUCCUCCUAUCAAUUUCUAGGUUGGCUGACAUGAGAAAAGAAUACCAACUACCUCUCUCAGAAAUUGACUUUUCAGGUAAAAAAUAUGAAGACUCCCAACUGGUCUCUCAUUUGAUGCCUGGGGCUGAAAGCAGAACAGCUGUGUCCCCGUUUGCUUGCCUGUCCAAUAUAACUGAUCAAGAUUUAUUUGGUAUUAAUGUGGUAAAUGAUGCUAUGUUACGAACAAUUGAGGUAAACGUGAAAAAUACUCCUUUCCUUUGCUUGAAUAAAUGUGAUAAGAAUGGAAGGAAGUGUCCAUUGAAUGGUUAUGUAUUGAACUUCUACAAACACGGUUCCCUGCGGGCACUCACUUUGGAUAAUCGAUGGCUAAAUAUGGGAGAUGCUUUCAAUUUGAUCAGAGAUUUUGCUCUUGCUAUUCAGUCCAUCAGGAUUUCACUAAGUGAGUUAUGUGAUGAUGAAGAUGACAAUGUUGUGUUGGCAUUUAAACAACUAAGUGAAGCGUUCAAGACAAAACUUUGGAAAAAAACAAGAUAUUGA